GUUGAGCAAGAUUUCUCUUCCCCAUUUCGUGCGCAAUUCGGACUCUAUCAUACGCGCCUUCGGCGAAAAAUUUCCGAAUUCGGCCGCUGGAUCCUGUAUUGAUCUACCCUAUUCUUCUUCAAUUUUCGGUAACGAUAGGGUUUUGGGAUUGGGUCUGUGAGGAUGGAAUCGGACUACGAGACGCACGAUGCCAGCGACAUGGAGUCGAUGGAGGAUGACUUCUACAGCGAGGAGACGACGACGGCGGGGAACGAAGAGGAGGAAGACGAACAAAAGUAUGGUUUCAGCGAUAACGAGUCGGAUGAAUCGGAUGAAAUGGUUUCCGAGCGUCUGCAGCAAAACUUUACUAUAUUGAAUGAAACUGACAUAAGGCAGCGCCAAGUGGAUGAUAUAAGUAAUGUAUCAAUGGUACUUUCCACUUCAAGGGUUCAUGCAUGUCUUCUUCUCCAUCAUUUUAACUGGAGCGUUAGUAAGGUGCAUGAAGAGUGGUUUGCUGAUGAAGAUACAGUUCGGAGGGAUGUAGGCUUGUUGGGGAUGCAAGUUGAGAUGCCUAAUACUAGAGAACUGACAUGUGGAAUAUGCUUUGAAGUUUUUCCUCGGAAGGCGAUGUGCUCUGCAGCUUGUGGUCACCCGUUUUGCCGUUCAUGUUGGAGAGGUUAUAUAGGAGCAGCUGUGACUGAUGGGCCGGGAUGCUUGAUGUUGAGAUGCCCUGAUCCAUCUUGCGGCGCUGCCAUUGGGCAAGAUAUGAUUGAUAUUUUAGCUAGCGGGGAAGAUAAACAGAAGUAUGCUUACUACCUCCUCAGAUCAUACAUUGAGAAUAACAGGAAGACAAAAUGGUGUCCAGCACCUGGAUGUGAAUUUGCCAUUGAAUUUGUUAUUGGAUGUGGAAACUAUGAUGUUUCAUGUAAUUGCUCCCACAGUUUUUGUUGGAAUUGUACAGAGGAGGCGCAUCGUCCAGUGGACUGUGGCACUGUAGCAAAGUGGAUAUUAAAGAACAGUGCAGAGUCUGAAAACAUGAAUUGGAUAUUGGCCAACUCCAAACCUUGCCCAAAAUGUAAAAGGCCAAUUGAGAAAAAUCAAGGCUGUAUGCAUAUAACUUGCACGCCACCUUGCAAAUUUGAGUUCUGUUGGUUAUGCCUCGGUUCAUGGAUAGAGCAUGGGGAGAGAACUGGGGGUUUCUACGCUUGUAAUCGUUAUGAAACUGCAAAGCAGGAGGGGAUGUAUGAUGAGUCUGAAAGGAGAAGAGAAAUGGCCAAAAACUCCCUUGAGAGAUACACACACUACUAUGAACGAUGGGCUACCAAUCAACAAUCAAGACAGAAGGCACUUGCGGAUCUGCAUAAUAUCCAAACUCAAAAGCUUGAGAAGCUUAGCAAAAUACAAUGCCAGCCAGAGUCCCAACUCAAGUUUAUAAUUGAAGCCAUGCUACAGGUUGUUGAGUGUAGGAGAGUACUGAAAUGGACUUAUGCAUAUGGGUAUUAUCUACCUGAGCACGACCAUGCUAAGAGGCAAUUUUUUGAGUAUCUACAAGGUGAGGCUGAGGCUGGUUUAGAGCGACUUCAUCAAUGUGCAGAGAAGGAACUUCUGGUGUAUCUUGAAGCUGAGGCUCCAAUGAAGGAAUUUAUCGACUUUCGCAUAAAGCUAGCUGGAUUGACUAGUGUCACAAGGAACUACUUUGAAAAUCUGGUUCGAGCCCUAGAAUCCGGAUUGGAAGACGUCGGGCCUAAUUGGCAAACCAAUAGCAGCAAGUCUUCAAGCUCAAACAGCACUUCUAGCAAGAACUGUUGUGGGAAUAGCUCCAGAUCAAGUGCAACCACCACCACCUCGGAUCACUACUGGUCGUGUGAUAGGUGCACAUAUGCUAACCCCAUCUCUAACCAUACAUGUGAGAUAUGCGAGCGUCAUCGCCAUUGAAUCCUCCAAACACUUCUAGAUCUUUCUAGAUACAAAUAA